UCCUGCAGCCCAGUGCCACCUCCUAAACUUCAAGCUUAACUAUAUAAACAGACUGCAAGUUCUGUGCAGCAACCAGCAAAGCGACUGCCAAAGACAGCACACCAUUUUACAGACAGUUCUUUCUGGUGGAAGACCUUUGGAAUACUACCGAGGCACUUAUGCUGUUUACACUUUCCAUUCCUGAGGAAAUACAGUGACUUGCUCCAGGAAUUUAAAAAUGAGCAAAGUAAAGGGCAGAAUCCUUUUCUUCCAAUUACUUGGGUUCUUGCUUGGGUGUGCUGAAGGCACUACACAUGAUGGUUUCAGCCUGAGUGAUGCUCCAGUGAAAACGCAACUGGAAAGACAGCGUAUAACUAUUCAAAACAAUGACAGCUCAGAAGAUCUAUGGGAAUGGACAACAUGGUUCAAUAUCGAUCAUCCUGAUGGUAAUGGAGACUAUGAGCGCCUGGAUGCAAUCAGGUUUUAUUAUAAGGAACGUGUUUGUCAGCAGCCAAAAAAGAUUGAAGCACGAACAACAAACUGGGUCCCUGCAGCUGAGACUGGUGAGAUAGUGCACUCUAGUCCUCUGAAAGGCUUCUGGUGUCUGAACAUGGAGCAGGUUCCUGGGAAAAACUGCUCAAAUUAUUCUGUACGCUUCCUUUGUCUCAAAGCCUGCAAUAUGACCUGUGCAGUGGGACAUGUUAACUCAGAAUGUGAUGCCUGUGUAUGUGAGAAUCACAUUUUGCAUGGUGUUGUGCGUCUUGCUGAUGGAGCCCCAGCUAGUAAAGCUACUGUUUUCCUGAAGGAAAAAACAUGGAAAACCCUGACUGUGUCAGACAAGAAUGGAAAAUUUCAAGUCCCUGGCUUGUGUCCUGAUGGGAAAACAACUCUACAUUUCAAAAAGGAAAAAUAUGCAACAGCCUCUUUAACACUGCCAAGACGUUUGAAUAAGCUACAAAGGGUUGAAGUUCGACUCAAGAGAGCAGAGAAGCCAUACAUUGUUCAGAAUCCUGAGACUAAAGCUAGAAGAGAAGGACAGGCUGUUUCAUUUUGCUGCGAUGCAGUGGGAAAACCAACUCCAGAACAGUACCAAUGGUAUCAUAAUGAAACACUGCUGGACAAGAAGUUGCAUAGAUAUGACAGCACCUUGGUGCUACGGGAUCUAAAACUGGAUCAGGCUGGGGAUUACUACUGUAAAGCUAUUAGUGAAGCAGGAUCUGUUAAGUCCCAGAUUGCUAAGCUCACUAUAUUAACACAAGAUGAACCAUCAUGCAAUUCACAACCUGAGAGCUACCUUAUUAGACUACCCCAUGACUGCCCACAGGCAUCAUCUAAUUCCUUUUACUAUGAUGUUGGUAAAUGUGCAAUAUCUACUUGUGCAGGAGAAACACAUAAGGGCCUAAGGUGCAAGGACACUGUACCGUAUUGUUGUGGAGCUGUGAAAUUGAAGGAAAAAGAAGUCCAGUGUAAUGGGUACACUCUUUCCAUUAAAGUCAUUGCUGAGUGUGGCUGUCAAAAAUGCACACAAACAAAAGUCAUUGUGCGAGGACGUGCCUCUGCAGCAGAUGAUGGUGAACCUAUGCGAUUUGGUCACAUAUAUCUAGGGAAGAACAGAAUUGGCAUGACUGGAUAUAAAGGAACAUUUUCUGUACAGGUAUCACCAGAAACAGAAAGACUAGUCCUCACCUUUGUUGACCGCCUUCAGAAGUUUGUAAACACAACUAAAGUUUUGCCAUUCAAUAAAAAAGGAGGAGCUGUAUUUCAUGAUAUCAAACUUCUAAGAAGAACAAGUCCCAUAACUUUAGACUCCACUAAAACAAACACUGUAUCUUUGGGACAAAAACAGGGGGUAGAACCAAUAGCUGAAUUAGAAAUUCCUCCUAAUUCUUUCUAUAGAGCAAGUGGAGAAACCUACAGUGGUAAAGUUAAAGCCAGUGUGACAUUUCUGGAUCCAAGAGACAUUUCUACAGCAACUGCAGUGCAAACUGAUUUAAACUUUGUUAAUGAUGAUGGUGAUAUUUUCCCAUUACGCUCCUAUGGCAUGUUUUCCGUGGACUUUACAGAUGAAUCAGCAGCAGAAGUGCUCAAUGCAGGUGAGGUCAGAGUUCAUCUUGAUGCUUCUCAGAUUCAGAUGAAAGAACAUUUGGAAAUGAUGAAACUGUGGUCCUUGAAUCCAGAAACUGGCUUAUGGGAUGAAGAAGGAGACUUUCAAGUUUCCAAAACUAAGCGAGGCAAAAGAGAAGAAAGGACAUUUCUGAUUGGAAACAUGGAGAUACGAGAAAGAAGGCUCUUCAACCUUGAUGUCCCAGAAAGCAGAAGAUGCUAUGUCAAAGUAAGAGCCUACCGUAGUGAAAGGUUUGUACCUAGUGAACAGAUUGAAGGUGUAGUGGUGUCUCUUAUAAAUAUGGAGCCCGUUGCUGGCUUUUCAUCCAAUCCUAGAGCUUGGGGUCGUUUUGAUAGUGCUGUUACUGGUGCAAAUGGAGCUUGUCUACCAGCUUUUUGUGAUGAACAACGUGCUGAUGCUUAUUCUGCCUAUCUUACAGCUACUCUUGGGGGUGAGGAACUAGAGACAGUAGAAUCUUCCCCCAAAUAUAAUCCUAACAAAAUUGGAGUACCACAACCUUAUCUUAAUAAAUUACAGUAUAGAAGAACAGAUCAUGAUGAUUCUAAACUUAAAAAAACAGCUUUUAGCAUCAAUGUGGCAAAGCCAAAUACAAAUAAUGCAGAAGAAAAUAAUGGACCGAUUUAUGCUUAUGAGAAUUUAAACACAUGUGAAGAGGCACCAUUCAGUGCAGCCCAUUUUAGAUUUUAUAGAGUAGAGGGAUAUGUUUAUGAUUAUAAUACAGUUCCUUUUAAUGAAGAUGACCCCAUGAGCUGGACUGAGGAUUAUCUUGCUUGGUGGCCAAGGCCAACAGAAUUUCGAGCUUGCUAUAUUAAGGUCAAGGUAAAUGGACCGCAAGAAAUUACAGUCAGAUCAAGAAACAUGGGUGGAACACAUCCAAAAACAACUGGCAAACUGUAUGGCAUAAGAGAUGUGCAGACUAUUCAUGACAUGGACCAAGCAGGUACUUCUGCAGCUUGCCUGGAAUUCAAAUGCAGUGGCAUGCUUUAUGAUCAAGAUCGUGUUGAUCGCACAUUAAUUAAAAUCAAUCCUCAAGGAAGUUGCCGCAGAGAAAAAGUUAACAGCAUGCUGCAAGAAUAUUUAGUAAAUCAUCUCCCUCUUGCUGUUAAUAAUGAUACCAAUGAGUUCAACAUGCUAGCACCUCUUGACCCUUUGGGACAUAAUUAUGGCAUUUAUACUGUAACUGACCAAGAUCCAAGGACAGCAAAAGAAAUAGCACUGGGUAGAUGUUUUGAUGGCACAUCAGAUGGUUCUUCUAGAGUCAUGAAGAGCGAUGUAGGUGUUGCACUAACCUUUAACUGUGCUGAAAAAGAAAAAGGACAUCAAAGUAUAUUUCAAGCAUUACAGAAUUCAACAGGUCAAGACAUAGCAAGCAUAGCUAUUCAGAGAUCAAGGAAUGGAAGGCAGCAAAGAAGAAGCUUCAGAAGGAGAAGUUCAGGAAGAAGAAAGAUUAAUACUUCAUGAAGGCCAGUUAAUGAAGAAAAUGGAUCACAAGUGCAGCAGUGUAUCAUUUAAUGAAUAAAUGGUGUGAAAAUUAGCAUAAAACAUUUAACAUCAUUUUCACCCAGUUUCCUGUAUAUUGAUAUUUACCUAGUAAAAAAAAACAUGGAGGAAAGCUAUAAAAAUGUGAACAGUUACUUUAAGUAUUUCAUCAUGAAUCCCAAAUAGCUACAAUAUUUAAUUGCAUCCUGUUAUGUGAUCAUCUUAUAUUCACAGCAACAUACUCAACAGUAUGUUACGAAACUCAGCCCACAUACAGUACAAAAAAAAAUCUAUCAAGUGUUGUCUGUAGCAAAAUGUUACUUUGUAUUUUUUUUUUGUUUACUCGUAAAAGAUAUGAUAUGGAUAAUUGAGUGUGUUUUCUUGAAUGGAUUAUUUCAUCAGAACUUGGCAGAACAGAUAUGUAAAAACAGAAAACUUGGAUAAAGUUUCCACAGGCAUCAUACACAGGAGUUUACCCCCUGUAUCUCUACACUCCCUUACUUACUAUAACAAGAUGUGAUGUUGCUAAACUUCAAAGCUAUUGAUGCAGCUUUAAUUAAAUGGUUUAUCAAAGAAAACAUGCAGGAAGAAGCAUACCUUCUGACAGUGAAGAAGAUUAAGGCAACCCAUUGUUAAACUUUCUCAUGUAGCCAAGGGUACAAGAUUUAAUUCCUUUGGCCUCCGUUUGCCUACUGUGUGGCUCUGAGCAAGUUACUUAAUCAUAAAGAGCUCCUAGGUUGCACCUGAAAAGGGACACUUGUAUUCAGUGGGCUUACUCACUUAACAAAUGCAUAAAAUAAAAUACAGUUAUAAUUU